AUGGAUAUCAAUACGACUGCCAGUUCCAUUUUACCCCAGAAGGAAGACCAACAACAAAAACCGGUUGUUCGUACUAGCACUCAAUCGCUCGUUGCAACAGCAUCUAACUUGGCACAUCCGAAUCAAAAAGAAUUAUUUCAUGCUGUUCAAUUGGGUGAUCAAAGUAAAAUACAGCAGCUACAAACACAUUGGCAACGAUCUCGACAAAUGCGCGAAAAUAAACAGCGUUGUCAGGAACGUGAUCCUGAUUGGAAAAGAGAACAAGAUGAACAUAAUCAGAUAUUAGAAGAAGAUUUUUGGAAUACUCUAGACAAACAAGAAUAUUACAAGAAAAUGCCAGAGCAAAUCGAAUUAGUGAAACAAUUGGACGACGAAGUACAGAAACAACUUCGAGAGUUCGAAACAAUCGAAGAAAUCGAACAACUUGAACGUGAUUUCAUUGAACAAUCGCAACAGAACAAGGAAACGAAAAAUAUGGACGAGAAGCAGCAACAAGAAAGAAACAUGGAACAAGUUAAACAACUAGAACAAUGGGAACAAUUCGAGCAACAACAAAACUUAAAAGAUCUAGAUGAAUACGAAAAACAAUCUGACAAAGUAACAAAAUAUCGUACAGAGAUGUACAAUGAAAUUGAACUUGAUAACGAUGUCAUCGAUGCAUUGGAAGAAGAUGUCGAGUUCGACAAUUUUUAUACCACUCAAAAAGAAACACAUGGAUAUGAAUUAGAUCAAAAUGAUAAUAUGAAUGAUAUGGAUUAUGACGAGACGCAAUCAUCAGUUCUUUUAAAAAAUGGCACAAGUAUGAUAUCGCUAAUAAUUCCGCCACGCGAUCAAAUUCCUAGAGUAGCAAAAAUGUUGGCAGAUGAAUAUGGUACAGCAGCAAAUAUAAAAUCGCGUGUGAAUCGCCUAUCUGUUUUAUCAGCUAUCACAUCUGUACAAGCCAGAUUAAAACUAUACAAUAAAGUUCCACUAAAUGGUCUUGUUAUUUAUUGUGGUACAAUUGUGACAGAUGACGGAAAAGAAAAAAAAGUCAACAUUGAUUUUGAACCAUUUAAACCAAUCAAUACAUCAUUAUAUCUAUGUGAUAAUAAAUUUCAUACAGAAGCACUACAAGCGUUAUUAGCGGAUGAUUCACGGUUCGGAUUCAUUGUUAUGGAUGGAAAUGGAGCUUUGUUUGGAACAUUACAGGGAAAUUCACGUGAAGUCAUUACAAAAUUUGCCGUUGAUUUACCUAAAAAACAUGGCCGUGGUGGUCAGAGUGCAUUACGUUUUGCUCGUUUACGAAUGGAAAAACGUCAUAAUUACGUACGAAAAGUAGCUGAAACGGCUGUGCAAUGUUUCAUAACAGAUGAUAAAGUAAAUGUUACAGGACUAAUCUUGGCUGGUCUAGCUGAUUUCAAAACAGAAUUACAUCAAUCUGAUAUGUUUGAUCCUCGUUUACAAGUUAAAGUUUUAAAACGUGUUGAUGUAUCGUACGGUGGUGAGAAUGGUUUCAAUCAAGCUAUUGAAUUAGCAAGUGAAACACUGGGUGAUGUUAAAUUCAUUCAAGAAAAAAAACUUAUUUCACGUUAUUUUGAUGAAGUAUCAAAAGAUUCUGGCCAAUAUUGUUUUGGCGUUGAUGAUACAUUAAAAGCAUUAGAAAUGGGUGCUGUUGAAACGUUAAUCGUAUGGGAAAAUUUUGAUGUUAUGCGUUAUGUAUUGAGAAAUAAUCAAACACAAGAGACAAAAACUGUACAUCUAAGAUCUGAUCAAGAAAAAGAAAAAUCACAUUUUCAAGAUAAAGAUACGGGAGUCGACUUAGAAGCUAUUGAAGCUUUACCACUACUUGAAUGGCUAGCAAAUAAUUAUAAGAAUUUCGGAGCUACACUUGAGAUAGUUACGGAUAAGAGUCAAGAAGGCUCGCAGUUUGUGAGGGGCUUUGGCGGCGUAGGUGGUAUUCUACGUUAUAAAGUCGAUUUGCAAAAUCUAAACGUUGAUGAUGGAUAUUUAGCGAACGAUAUAGAUUACAGUCCUGAUUUAGGUUUUUUAGAUGAAGUCUGUGGUUUAUACGAUUUUGAAAUUGAUGUAUUUGUGGUAUUUGGUGUAGGUUGA